AUGCCAACAUUAGAUAAUAUGUCGACAGUUUGUUAUGGAUGUCGUGCAUUAAUUGAUGAUCGAUAUUAUUUAAUGGCAGUUGAUCGUAGUUGGCAUUUAUCCUGUUUAAAAUGUUUUGAUUGUGGUAUGCCACUUGAACAAGAACGAACAUGUUUUGCAAGAUUUGGACAAAUUUUUUGUAAAGAUGAUUAUAUUAAAAGAUAUUGUUCUCGUGUUUGUACACGAUGUCAUACAAUGAUUCGACAAGAUGAAGUUAUUUUACGUGCUAAACAAUAUAUUUUUCAUUUGGAUUGUUUUACAUGUGUUACUUGUAAUAUUCUUCUUCAUCCAGGAGAUGAAUUUGGUUUAAAAGAUGAUUUAAUUUUUUGUCGUCAUCAUUUUUUUGAACACCAACAACAGCAACAACAACAUCAUCCAUCUUAUGAUCCACAUUUAACAGGACGAAUGCUUGAUAUUGGUAUUGAAAAUCAUCCACUUUCACAUCCAACCGGUUUUCUCGAUGAUUCGGGAUAUUAUGCAUCACCACUCCCACCAUUAAUUCCAUCAACACCACCAACAAAUACAAGUACACCGAAUGGAACAUCAGUUAAUCUAACAAAACGUACAAGAAAAAGAAAAGAACGUCAACAACAACAACAGCAACAACAACAUGAUGAAAUCAUGUCAUCAUCAGAUCAUUUUCUGACACUUUCACCAUCAUCAUCAAAUCUAAGGAAUGAAGCAGCAUUAUUUGCUCCAUCAUUGGAUUCAUCGUAUUAUGUUGAUGUCGUUGAUAUGGAUGGAAAUGGAUCAAAUACAACUAAUCUUCAUUCUCAUCAAACAAAUAAUAAUAGUUUAUCGAAUGUUCCUCAUCAUCAUCAUACAAGACAAAAACGUGUACGAACAAGUUUUAAACAUCAUCAAUUACGUUGUAUGAGAUCAUAUUUUAAUUUAAAUCAUAAUCCAGAUGCAAAAGAUUUAAAAAAUCUUGCUGAAAAAACUAAUUUACCUAAACGUGUUUUACAAGUAUGGUUUCAAAAUGCUCGUGCGAAAUAUCGUCGUAGUGUAUCUCGAAGUGAUACAUUAUCUGGAACAUCUCAACAACAACAACAACAAUCUCAAAUGACUCCAUCAUCAUUAACAAUCGGAUCAAAUAUGCUUGAUGGUCAUCCAACAAGAGAAGAUACAACAAAUUCAUCAAAUCUAUCUUCACCAACAGAAUCAAUUCGUUCAAAAGCAUCAUCGGUGAAUUUUAGCGAAUCGGAAACAUGUGGUUCCAUGUAG